UGAAUGGCUUAAAUGGCUGUUUGUCAUGUGUAAAGUUCUCCGUAGUACACAUAAUGUUAAAUAAAUAUGUUAAAAGUAACAGGAUGUGUGCGAGAAAAUAAUCUGUAGUGUUUUAACCUGAACUAGUUAAAUAGUAUUAAGUAUUUUUGAAACGUGUUUUUCAUCACAAAUAUAUGAAUAAUAUAAAGGUACUUGUGUUAUUGCAAGUAUGGAUGCUGUCAGUGUGAAUACACAAGACUCGAAGGUGGAAAAGAAUAACGCUUUGACGGUUUAUCACAUGCUGAAAUUUUCAAAGGAAGGUAAAAAUUCUUUCGACGCAGCUGACAUCGAACGCAGAUCUGUCGCUGUGAGAUACGUGACAGGAAAGUUAUUUGAUUCGGAGGAAACAGCAGCAAUUCUACUUCAAAAAGAUCUUGAAGACUAUCGCGCCCUAACAAGAAACAACAGAAAUGAUGACAACAGUUAUUGGAGCCAGAUUGAAUCUCAUCUACCAAAUGUAAAAAAAGAACCUUUGAAUUGGGAAUGCAAUCUGUGUGAGAGCGCCAUAUCAAAUUUCGUAAAACCUCUGGCUUGCCAAACCAACAAUACUUUAGCUUGCAAGACAAGAUCUUUUAGUGACAAGGAUAUAGAAAAAAUUGUAAAUAACUCGAAGAAGACAAUACAUACACCUGAGAGGAAUAGAAAAGUUUCUGGACAAGCAGCUUCUAAUCAAAAUUUAAUCAAAGAAAUCACAUUGAAAUCAAAUAAUAAUGAAAAAAAUGUAUUCGCACAUUUUGCAACUACUUCCAGAAACAGUAGUUUUAAUAAGCCAUUAGAUAAUGGGAAGCAGGAUGCAUCUAAAGUGCAAUUGAAGCAACAAUUAUCUUCUUACCAAAAGCUGGACAAAUUUGUAGCAAAAUCUUCUACCUUACCCAAAAGCACUAGCAUGACUGGAAUAACUAAAAGCUUGUUGAGUACGGUACAUCCGAAUGCGCCAAAAUUAAAACCAGCUCCUCCACAAUCUGCCAAAGAAGAUACAGGAUCCUCGCUUGAAUCUUUCAGGAGUGCCAGAGAUGAAUUGCAUAUCCAGGAGAUGAAAAAGAACAAGUCAGCGCCAAGGAAAACUCUAGGUGGUCGAACAGCAGCUAAUGCUCCUUAUGUCUGCCCGUUUAAACAAGACAAAGAAAAAUCAACGCAUAGCAAUAACGCUACAUCGCAAAGUAAUAAAAACAAUGAAGAAGACGAAAGACUGAAGAACAUCGAUCCGAACAUGAUUGAGUUGAUCAGAAACGAGAUUAUGGAAUCUGGCAAGACGAUAACGUGGGACGAUAUUGCAGGACUUGAAUACAUCAAGAAAAUCGUGAAGGAAGUGGUCGUGUUUCCUAUGUUGAGACCGGACAUCUUUACGGGUCUUCGUCGUCCGCCUAAGGGGAUUUUACUCUUUGGUCCACCGGGAACGGGAAAGACUCUCAUUGGCAAGUGCAUAGCGUCGCAGAGCAAAUCUACGUUUUUCUCCAUUUCAGCGAGCUCAUUGACUUCGAAAUGGGUGGGUGAGAGCGAGAAGAUGGUACGCGCGCUGUUCGCGGUGGCCAAAGUUCAUCAACCGUCCGUUGUCUUUAUCGACGAGAUCGACUCGUUGUUGACACAGCGUUCCGACACGGAGAACGAAGCCUCAAGGCGAAUGAAAACCGAGUUUCUAGUGCAGCUAGACGGCGCGACAACGUCGGAGGAAGAUCGUGUUCUAAUUGUUGGCGCGACUAAUCGACCUCAGGAAUUAGACGAGGCAGCGAGAAGACGUCUCGUCAAGAGGCUAUACGUUCCUUUACCGGAGCUUGAUGCGCGCAAGCAGAUAAUAAACAAUUUGUUGGCCUCGGUGCGACACAAUCUCGAUCAGGAGAGCGUGACGAGAAUCGCGGAAAAGUCGGCGGGAUAUUCCGGCGCCGAUAUGGCAAAUUUGUGCAAGGAAGCAAGCAUGGAACCGAUACGGAGCAUUCCUUUUAGUCAGUUGGAAAAUAUACAAAUGGAUGAUGUGAGACAUAUAACGAGCCAAGACUUCGAGAACGCGUUGAAAAACGUGCGACCUAGUGUGUCUCAAUCAGAUCUGAAAAUUUAUAUCGAAUGGGAUCGCACUUACGGAUCUGGUACCGCACAAAACUAUACAGCAACUUGAUAAAUAAUUUAUAACGUUUCCAAGAAACAAAUUCAACACCUUCGAAACUAAUAUAAUAUGAAAAUAAAAAGAACGAAUAUUUUUGUCCAUAAAACGCUUUUUUUAUUACAUUUAAUGUACAAAUAUAUAGCGGUUUUGUGCAUUAUACACGCACUUAUAGUACAUCACGGUCAUUGUAAGAAAAAUAAAAAAGGAUUUUUUUCGCUCUUAUCUUGUUAUUUUCUCGUUUUUUUUUCUUUUGUUUUUGUUUUGCUUUACUAGUAAUGAUGGUACUAAUAUAGUAUAAGUUCACAACGAUAUAAUAGUGUGUGUAACUAACGAAGUCUAAUUUCAUAUAUCACCGUUUACAAACGAGUCACACAAGGUAGACAUAUCAAGCCUACGGAAGAUUUUACUUCGAUAUUACAAUACUUUAUUUUUUUUUAACAGUCACGACCCCAUUUUUUUCAAUCACAUCUCGAUUUUUAUUAUCUCCAGAUAGAUAACAGGAAACCAUCGAUAUAUAUAUAUAUGUAUAUCGAUAUAUAUAUAU